UACUCAUUUCUUCUCUCACACACUUCUCACUACUAACAAAUACACUUUCCCAUUUCACAAAUUUAUUCCUCUCUCUAUCUCUCUGAAAUCUGAAAAAAACCAAAAAUGGCGAAAAUAGCGUUGCUCUUUGUGCUGUGUGUGCUUCCAGCUUUGGCUAUCGGUAGCCGACCGAUGAGCAACCCAUUCAACGUGCAAGGGCGCGUGUACUGUGACACCUGCCGUGCCGGUUUCGAAACCUCCGCCACCACCUACAUUCCCGGUGCCAAGGUUAGAGUGGAAUGCAAAAACAAGAGCACAAUGGAACUCGUAUACAGCAAGGAGGCAACAACCGACUCGACUGGAACCUACAAUAUCGAGGUUGAUGAGGACCACCAGGACCAGCUUUGUGAUGCUAUGCUUGUUAGCAGCCCCCAGAGUGACUGUGCAACAGUUUCCCCAGGGCGUGACCGUGCCCGCGUCAUUCUCACGGGUCUCAAUGGGAUUGCAUCACAAAAACGUUUUGCUAAUGCAAUGGGCUUCAUGAAGGAGAAGGCAUUGUCUGGCUGUGCUCAGGUUCUCAAGCAGUACCAGGAGUACGACGAGUAGAUAUGAUUUUGUGAUUUGAGUUCCCCUUUAUGUGUCUAGUUAUUAAGCUAUAUAUGUUUGGUUUAUUCUAGUAUCUAUUUACUCAUGUCUUUAUGGAUUGUUACCUCAACAUUUAGAGGAAGAUGAUUUCUUUGUGAAUUGGACUUUACUAAUUAAAUUAAACUUGGGUCUUCUUAAUCUCUAGAAA